AUGAUGCUGACUCCUCCUCGAACUCUGAGUCCGAGUCGUCCGAGCCUCACGCCCGUGAUUGCGGCGCCAGCAAAAGCCCUCUUAACCGCGCUGCUUCUCCUCUUGCUUCAGGUGCACGUCCGCCCGACACUUCUGGCAGCAUGUGCGUACACCGUACCGCACCGACCCAGGCGCCUCCCCGGCGCGGCUUCUGCUACCAGAUCCAUGGGACGGCUGAACGCGCACGGCAGGGUCGUGCGCUCGCCGCAGCACACCACAGUGAACUCUGCAACUGCCGCGACAACCGGCGCAGCUAGUGCGAAAACCGCCACUGGAGUCGCCGUGAAGGCCGCGGUCGGAGGGUGUUCGGCGUCGUCGAUCGCAGGUUACACGUCCUCCGUCGCACUCUCAGGAUCCGAUCUCGUGCUCCACUGGGCCAAAGGCGCGGGCGGCGGCAGCCUUUCCCUCGCCAUGGAGGUUGGCGGCGCGGCGGCCAGCGGGUGGGUGGCGGUGGCGUGGUCGCCGGACGACAGAAUGCCCGGCUCCGACGCCGUGAUUGGCGGGCUUCCGGGCGGCGCGGUGAAGGCGUACGCCAUAGGCGGGUACAGCAAGGCGGGCGUGCGCCCCACCAGCCGCUUCUCCAUCGGCUCCGCCUCCUCCGCCAAUGGCGGCUCGCUCAUCAAGUACGUGACUCGCCGCCGCUGCGAGACUUAA